AUGGCCGAAUCAAGCGCCACGGUUGAAGAGGGAGCGUCGUCGGAAAACCCCUUGGCCGGGAUGAUAGAUCCCACGGCUGUCAGACUUGCUUACAAAAGGAUGCCAAACACAGGGGACAAGGCUCUGCCUCAAAACCCGAAGAACAUGCCCGAGGGUAUCCGGAGGACGUAUGAUCUGGAAAUGAAUGAGCUCAUUGCGGUCAUCAACUGCAGAGUUAAAUUCCGAAAGCAGUUUCUGGAUAUCUUUUGCGGAUACCUUUCAGCCGUGUAUGCCCUCAGCAGUUUGAUGACCAUUUGGACAAGGCGUUCUGCUAGUCCUACAGACCAGGUUCGGUAA